UUGAAGUUCAUUUCUUCUGUUGAAUGUUGGCUAAUUUUACCUUUUAAAUUAUAUUUUAUUCUAAAACAUUUUAGGUAUACUUAUAUUUUAACAUCCAUGUUACUGAUUCCUAAAAAGUGUUUAUAUUUCUCCACCCUCAAGAACGCUCGGUAGAAGCGGACAUGACAUUCGAAGAUCCAUUUUUUGUUGUCAAAGAGGAAGUAUCAAAAGCUUUGAAUAAAACACGAGGUCUCUACCGUCGUUGGUUGGAACUGCAGGAGGACAUAGUCAGCAACAUCACCAAGGAGGAACUAGAGUGGACCACAACAGAACUGAGGAAUGCUCUACGAAGUAUCGAGUGGGAUCUAGAGGACUUGGAGGACACCAUUGGAAUAGUUGAGAAGAAUCCGACCAAGUUCAAGAUUGACAACAAGGAACUUACCAGCCGUAAGAACUUCAUUGAACAAACUCGAGAGGAAGUUCGGUGCAUGAAGGAAAAGAUGAAUUUCACACGAGGACGAGACCGUGAUAGGACUGCUCGCCAGCCGCUGUUAGAGAACAGCCCUGUGAGGGUGGCGACAUCACACGGCACCACCAAGUACUCCAAGCUGGAGAAUGAGGCUGACAGUCCACAGCGGCACUUUCUCGACUCUACGCUGGCUCAGCAGAAUCAGCUGAUCAACGGACAAGACGACACCAUGGAGCGCAUCAGUCACACCAUCGGCUCACUCAAGACUGUCAGUCGCCAGAUAGGCUCGGAACUGGACGAGCAGGCUGUAAUGCUGGACGACUUUGGCACAGAAAUGGAAAACACAGAGUCAAAAUUAGACUCAACAAUGAAGAAGGUGGCUAAGGUUUUGCACAUGUCUAAUGACAGGCGACAGUGGAUUGCCAUCGCUGUGCUGUCCUGUAUACUGCUGGUCGUAGUCAUGCUACUCAUCAUUCUCUGAGUAGCCACUACUCUUCCGCCUCAAGACUACUUACUGACUGUCAUGUGAUCUCAACUUAACCUAGUUUCGGUUUUGGUGCAUGAAAUUUGUUUUUAGACCAAUCUUAAUUCCACUCCCAAAUUUAGUUUUGAGCUUUCUAGUCGUUUUUUUCUUGUAGAUUUGUAAAAAGUCAUUAUCACUCAGGUGAUCUGUAAAUAUAUUGUUACUUGUGUAAGAUUUGCGAUGACUUGCCUGGUGACGGCAGAAGACAUUGUUGGUGAUUUAAUGUAAGAAGAGGUAUACAAAUUAUAAACAUAUAUUAGUGUUUUUGUAAUGUU